AUGGACAGCAACGCGUCCGGCCUGUUGUCCCGGCGCACGCAUCCUCCACCCUCCAGCCCUGGUACAGAGCUCGAGGCGCCCAAAGUCCUCGCAUACUACGUCUGCGGGGUCAAGGACAAAGGCAAGGGACUUGUUGCUACCCAGCCUCUGCCAAAGGGUGCCGUCUUCCUCGAGGAAAAGCCGUUGUUUACGCAGAAUGCGGGGUGCACGAACUCGAACAUUCUCUCUGCCCUUGCGAACUGUACGCGCGACGAGCAGCGCGAGUACUUCACGCUCUGCAAUGCCUACAAGACCAGCGGGAAGGUUCUUCCCGCCCUCGCGAUAUUCCAAACAAAUUCGUUCCCGUGCGACGACUCACCGCAGACGGCGCCUUCAAAGCAGCGGCGCGGCAUCUUCCUCACCGCCUCACGCAUCAACCACUCGUGCACGCCCAACGUCGGGCGCAUAUGGGACGUCGAGAAGCAAGCUAUGGUCUUCCGUGCCUUGUGUCCUAUGCAGGCCGGCGAGGAACUGUGCAUCAAUUACGUUGAUGUGUUGGGAACACGACAAGAGCGCAACGCAGACUUGAUGGACCGCGUUGGGUUUGAGUGUGUCUGUGAAGCUUGCGCACUACAGGGUGAGGGAUUGGCCCAGAGCGACCAGCGCAGGGGGACGAUAUGGCGACUGUACGACGAGGUUCGGAUGUGUUUGAAGGAGCCUACGUUGGGCAUGCGCAAGGCGAAAUUGGCCCUUCGGCUCCUCCAAGAAGAGAACCUCGCGCUUUACGAAGCAACAUUCUGCUUCGACGCCUUCCAGCUAUGUGCCUUGGUCUCGGACUUCAGCAAUGCAAAGGCAUGGGCACGCCGAGCUUGGGAGGCCUCCUGUGCCUCUACGGGACCUGACGGACCCGCUGCGCGGACAUUCAAGAUGUACUGGGCCAACCCGCGAGCCCACCGCCUCGCUGGGACAAUGCCACGGAUGGUGUUGAGCGGGCCUAAUCAAGACGACCGUACUUAG